GUAGUGAACCCGCAUGAGCGACACGUGAUACAUUCCAAUUUCACUUUCACAGAUGGAAGUGAUUCGUGCAUGAUUUUGUUGUUUAAUAAAUAAAAGAAGCACAGUUAAAUAAAGCAAUUAGUGUAACAAGUGACUGUGAUCAUUAGUUAAUUAAUUUUAGAUAUUGCAUAUAGAAAGAUGGAUGGCGAUAAAGCAGACCCUAAGGAGAAGUUGUUGUCAAAUGCUUUUUUGGAUCUCCAGCGUUUAGGCCAGAAUGGAGAAUAUGAUCGUGCACUAAAAGUCACGAAUCGAAUCCUACAACUCAGUCCCCAAGAUGAAAAUGCGUUUAAUUGCAAAAUUGUUUGCUUAAUUCACUUAUCGAAGUUUAAUGAGGUGUUGCAGCUAAUGCAAAGGCAAGCUGCACUUUCAAAAGAUUUACACUUCGAGAAGGCCUACUGUCAGUAUCGAUUAAAUCAAACUGAGGAAGCAUUGGCUACGGUGGAACAAGCUGAACAGAGUUACCGCAUAAAGGAACUUAAGGCGCAAAUUUUAUAUCGCCUAGAGUCGUUCAGUGAGUGUUUAUCGUUAUACAGAGAUGUAAUUAAGAACACUCAUGAUGAUUAUUCCGAUGAACGCGAGACGAAUUUGACUGCUGUCGUUACACAGUUACAGCAUAUGAAUGUUAAAAAUGAUACAGUAAAGCUCAGAAGCGACACGUACGAACUAUGCUACAAUUGGGCAUGUAUCUUAAUUGCACAAGGACGGUACAGUGACGCGGAGAAGAAACUAAAGGUGUGUGAGAAGUUGUGUCGUGGCUCUUUGGAAGAAGAUGGCGCUUCUGAGGAUGAGAUUGAAAUCGAGUUGGCUUUAUUAAAAGUGCAAUUAGCUUACGUUUAUCAAAAACGAGGCCAAACGAAAGAGGCGUAUGAAAUGUAUACGGCUGCCUUAAAAUUGAAGUUAGACGAUACAGCAUUAAUUGCAGUGGCGAGUAAUAAUAUUGUUUCCAUUAACAAGGGUGAAAAUGUGUUUGACUCAAAGAAGAAAAUGAAAGCAGCUACGAGCGAAGGCUUAAUUCAUAAACUUCCUGCAAAUCAAAGGAGGCAAAUUGCUCUGAACAAUGCAAUCUUAACGUAUUACACGAAUAAUUUUGAUUUGUGCAAUAAGGCAUGCGAACGAGUUGAAGAAGCGUGGCCGUCUGUUGCUUUGCAAGCCAGAAUUACUCACGCUCUUUCUUUAACCAAAUGUAACAGCCAUAGCAAAGCAAUUGCACUCUUGAAUAAUUAUAAGUCCCAAAAUAAUGAGGAGCAACUUUAUGUCAAAUUGGUUAUUGUUCACCUUCUUCUCACACAGGGAGAGCAAGCAGAGGCUUGUAAAGUUUUAGAAAGCAUGGGACCUGAUAGCUACAAGCCAGCCAUUGUUGGAGCGUUGAUUACGUUAUACUUAGGAAUGAAGAAGAAAGAUACUGCCUUAAAAGUCUUCGAGAGGACGGUUGACUGGUACAAAACUAAUAAGAUAAAAGCUGAUCUGAGCAGUAUGUGGAGGCAAGCCGCUGACAUGCAUAUGCGUAAUGGUCAAGCGGUGGUAGCAGCAAAUAGCCUUGAGGAGCUCGUACGCAGUAAUCCGUCUGACUUUAAGUCCGUUGCUCAUUUAGCUCUCGCUUACAUGCAGUUUGAUAAGAAAAAGGCCGCAACGUUAAUGAACAAAUUUCCCAAAUCUGAAAAGCAAUUGUCUCAACGUGAAAUUGAUGCCCUGGAAAGUGCAAGUUGGAUAACUCUCAAGAAAACUGCACAUAAACCGGAACAAUCCCCCGGCACUCCAAAAGCUGAAUUGAAUAAAGUCAAAAAUAAAAAGAAACGUAAACCCAGAUUACCCAAAAAUUACGAUUCAACUGUGGCGCCAGAUCCAGAGCGGUGGUUACCAAAGUAUGAAAGAACAGGUUUUAGGAAAAGACGCGACCGUAGGGCUAAGGAGGUUAUUAAAGGCUCUCAGGGAACGACAUCAGCCCAGGCUGAUCAAUAUGACUUUUCGAAAAUUUCGGAGGAGAUUCAAAAGAGUCCACCUAUGUCAAGUGUCGAACCUUCCCCACAACCUAAAAACCGACAAAAGAAGCCUCAACAAAAUAAGAAGAAAAAUAAGAGGCGUUAAAAUUUUAUAUCACAGUUGGCAAGAUUUUGUUAAGAAAAGUGUUUUAAGUACUAGAGCAUGGAGUGUAAUUUUUUAAUUCAUUUUUCAUAUACUUCAUAAAAUAAACUGUGAAUGUGAAAUGUUA